GAGGAGGAGGACGUUCAGCACGAGGAGGAGCUCCUCCGCAGCCCCUUCUCUGUUCGCUGCUGGCUGCGCUAUGCCCAGAGCCGCCUCAAGGGGCCUCGCCACCGCCUCAACCUCCUCUUCGAGCGCGGCCUCCGGCAGCUGCCCGGCAGUUACAAGCUGUGGUACCAGUACCUGCGGCACCGGCGGCACCAGGUCAAGGGGCGCUGCCCCACGGACCCGGCCUACGAGGAGGCCAACGCCUGCCACGAGCGAGCCCUCGUCUUCAUGCACAAGAUGCCGCGCAUCUGGCUGGAUUACUGCCAGUUCCUGGUGGAGCAGGGCCGGAUCACGCGGACGCGGCGCACCUUCGACCGGGCGCUGCGGGCGCUGCCCAUCACCCAGCACCACCGCGUCUGGCCGCUCUACCUGCAGUUCGUGCGGCGGUACCCGCUGCCCGAGACCGCCGUGCGGGUGUACCGCCGCUUCCUCAAGCUGAGCCCCGAGAGCGCAGAGGAGUUUGUGGGGUACCUGUGUGCCGCGGGGCGCCUGGAUGAGGCCGCCACGCGCUUGGCCCAGCUCGUCAAUGACGAGCGCUUCGUGUCCCGCCACGGCAAGUCCAACUACCAGGUGAGGCACCCAUGG